UCAGGGCUUCGCUUUUCACAAGUUUGCUUUUACUUUUCGCCCUUUGUGAAUCGAUACUUCCCUUUUCCAUACCUCCAAAACUGGAACAGUUCUCACUUCAGGUACAAUGUACAGGGAUAGGUGGAAUACGUGGGUUUACUGCGAGGGCUGUGAAGACUUAUUUUUCAGUUGCUGGUGAAGAGCCACUAGAGUUUACCCAAGCUUGCACAGAAUCCGAACCAGAUGAAAAGGAAUGUCUGUUCGAAAGAUUUGUUCUCUCAAUGGCUAGAGAAGUUUGUCAAAAAGACGAAACUACAAUUUUGGAAAGAUUGAACGUUAAUCGCACAUUUAUAGAUGAGCCAUUUUCUCGACAUCUUAUAAAUUCCACUUCAUCCGUUCCUGUUGAAAAAGAAAAUCAACAGGAAAGUCUUAUUAAUUCUUUGAAACUAGGAAUUGCUCUGGGAACCAUAUUUGGAUUUUUAUUUGGUGUCAUUGCGUCUUGCGGUAUAUUUGGGAUAUUCCGUAAAUUUCAAAGAAAUAUUCAAGAAAGAAAUCCGCCAAACACAGCACCCAAGGCGACAAUAUUAGGAGAUAAAGACAUUAAAACAGGACAACAAAAUGAUCAUUCAAGUAAUUACAUGUACUGUGAUAUCGAAGACGCCAAAUAUUAUAUACCCAAAGAGAUGACUUGUACAGGAAGCAGCGAAUCAGGUGCUUCAUAUAGCCAUGACUGUCCUCCAUUUACAUACAACCAUCUGAACGAAAAGAAUGAGGGUGAAGUUAGUGCGAAAUAUGAUCAUUUCCGGGAGGUUUCCUCAGGUGCCCGGAUGACAAAUGGUGACUACAAAAUAUUAGAGCCAUUGCAUUCUCAGGAUCAAAUGAACUUGAACAAAAUACCUGGAAAGUCGCCAACAAAUAAGGAAGGAGCUAUGAAUGACCAGGAUACUAGCACUGAUGCGUAUUUUGUUUUAGAAAAAGAAAUCAACUAAUAAACUAGUUACCAAAUUGCAA